AGCACACAUCAUCACAGAUCAACUUCCUGCAAGAAGACAGUGAAAAUGGCUGCUGUUGAAAUGGAUCCAGACUUCAGGAUUGUUCUUGUUGGGAAAACUGGAGUUGGGAAAAGUGCAGUUGGAAACACCAUUUUGGGAAAGAAAGUUUUUGAGUCUAAAGUCUCUCUUUCCUCUGUGACACAGGAAUGUGAUAAGAAAACUGAUAGUUUUGCUGGUCAAAAUCUGGCUGUUAUUGAUACUCCAGGUCUGUUUGAUACAGAUAAGAGUAAUGAAGAUGUUGUGAAAGAAAUCGCUAGAUGCAUCAGCAUGGCGGCUCCUGGUCCUCAUGUCUUCCUGAUUGUUCUCCAACCGACCAGAUUCACAGCAGAAGAAAAACAAACAGUGGAAAUAAUCCAGAAAUUGUUUGGAGAAAAAGCUGCCAGAUACACCAUGAUCCUGUUUACCCAUGGAGACGUGCUGAAAAAGGGAAACAUUAAAAUAGAAAAACUGUUAGAAAAAUUCCAACCUCUAAAACACAUCAUCAGUCAGUGCUCCAUCCUGGAGAAAUUUGAAGAAAAAUAUCAUGUUUUUGACAAUGAAGUUGAGGAUUCUGUUCAAGUUGGUGGACUGGUGAAGAAGAUCAACAGAAUGGUUCAGAGAAAUGGAGGAAGUUUCUACAACAAUGAAAUGUUUGAAGAGGCAGAAAGAGCCAACCAAGAAGAAAUGAAUCGACUCCUCAGAGAAAAUCCAGAUAUGAAUCCUAAGGAUGCAAGAAGACAGGCAGAGAGAGACAACUCAUAUAUCCGUGCUGUCCUGGGGGGUGCUGCUGCUGGAGCUGCUGCAGGAGGUGUGAUUGGAACUGUAGUAGCAAUGAAAAAGAACGGAGUAUGUGUUAUACAGUGAUGAAACGUUUUAUACUUUGGCCACAACUUAUUAAACCCUGAUUUUCAUGAAUAACAAAAUAUGUAUCAGUAAUAAAAUAUUUGAUCAUGUAAUUAAGUAUUUAAUAAAUAUUUCAGCCUCUGUGGCUGAGAUGAGGAAGGAAAAACCUUUUUGUCUUUAUUACCAAGUUCUUUGAUUCCUGUUUAUUUCAGUCGCAUGUAAAACUGUCAACAGUCUGAACAAUAUAGUGAAUAAAUGUAAAUAUAACUUGUAGUGUAAAGAACCUGUGAGCCAUCAAUGAGGGUAGAAACAAAUGGAGUUACUUUAGCAAUACAUUAUCUUAAGCUGCUGAUUUAUUCUGAUUUCUCUUAAAGUUAAUAUUUAUUGCUUAUCUGGUGAUUAAUAAUAACAAUCAUCACCUGCUGGUUUAAUUGGUCCCCAAUUCCAUAAAUAACAUAUAUUGUGAUUAUAAAGUGAAACUAUUUUAGUCCUAUUUUCAACAAUAUACCUUAGGUAAUGAAAACUAUUUGGAUAUUAAUUAAAUUAUGGAAAACUCUGUUUCUCUAUUAAAUCUGUGAGAACUGCACUCUAUUUUAUAAAUAAAAUUAACAAAGAUAUCAGGUCAAAUUUUAAACAAACCUAUUUGCCCCUCAUUUGAUUGUAAAGGUUUAAAUCACAUAAUACCACAAUAUUAUCAAUGCCGAUAUGAAGAUCGAUCCAUCCAUCCAUCCAUCAAAUUUUAUUUGUAUAGCACAUUUCAGCAACAAGGCAUUUCAAAGUGCUUUACAUCAAAUCAAACACAAAAACACAGAAGAACUGAGAGUUCUGGAAGG